AUGGGUGUGGAAGGAGAGAAAAGGAAGAUCACUUUCUUUGAGGCCAGAGACUUUGAGGGCGGCUCCUGUGAAACCACCACAGACCAGCCAGACCUGCAGGCCCACCUCAACUGCUGCAACUUUGACAAGGUGGAAACUGGCUGCUGGAUGAUCUAUGAACAUCCCAACUACAUAGGCCAUCAGUACUUCAUGAGGAAGGGAGGAUAUCCUGACUACCAGCACUGGAUGGGCUUCAAUGACUCCACUAGGUCUUGUUGUAUCAUCACAGCAUGGCUAUUCACUGUUGUGUUGCUAGCAUCAGUAUUGCAUCUAGCAAGCUGUAGUCACCUAGAACUGCCACUUGACAUCCUGUGCAUCCAUGUCUGGAUUUUUCUUCGCAGCCCCAGCAGCACAGCCAGCUACAGAUCUAUGAGGAAUGACUUAGGAGGCAGGAUGUUGGCGUUCAUGGAUAACUGCCCUUCUCUCCAGGAUGACUUUCACUACAGGAACAUCCAGUCUUAUAAUGUACUUGAAGGAAGCUGAGUUUUCUAUGAACAGCCGCACUUCUGAGGACAGCAGUACCUCCUGAGGCCUGGCGAGUACAAGCGAUUCACUGACUGGGGUGCCAUCACUGCCAAAGCUGGAUCCUUCCAACCAACAGUGGAUAUUUCCUAA